AUGGCUCUAGUAGUCCUUCAAGCACCGCCAAGCCUCACGCUGGGCGUGUUAUCCUCUUGUGUCGUACUCCCUGUAAUCUCUUCAUUGUGUAUUUGCCCUUGCCACACAGCAGCAAUCCAGCUCCAAAACCCGUCAAACCUCGCCACGACAGCGCAGACGCGCCAAGAGGAUAUCUGCAUUCCGCUCGCAACUACCCUCUCCACCCACGCGCAGUUCAGCUGCCGCAAUUACAUUUCUAGCCUCCGCUGCGCUUUGCUGCUCUUCCGUGCACAGCGGGCUCGGCAUCGUGCACUAGACUCAGCGCACGUCGCUGAUCUGCCGCUAGCGCGCUAUGCGGGUUACCGUCGCACACUGGUGGCCGGCGGCGGCCUCCGUAGCAGCAAACCCUAAGUUGCCCUUCCUUGCACCCUACUCCACCUAACCCAGGACCGCUUGGGUGCGCUGGGGUGAGUGUUAGGUUGCCGGCGGGCUCCUUGCGGCGUUGGCUCAAGUC